UUCCUGUUUCAUUCGUUCAAGAUACUCUUCACAAACCUUACAAGCAGAAUCCUCAAGAUGGCAUUUUUCCAGAAACUAAUACAAAAAUUUACUGACGACAAGUCAAAAGACAAUGACAAGGGUAAAGAUUCUUCCAAAGGAAGUGCCCAGCCUUACUAUGGAACCAUCAAGCCAGAUCCUAACUUCAAUGCCAACAGAGAUGCUGCUGCUUUACAAAAAGCCAUUGAAACCAAAGGUGUGGAUGAGACUGCCAUCACAGAUAUUCUUGCCAGCAGAACUAAUGCACAGAGACAGGAGAUCAAAGCAGCCUAUGAACGGGACACUGGAAAAGACCUUGCAAAGACUUUGAAAUCAGUACUAAGGUCCCACUAUGAAGAUGUGGUCCUGGCCCUCUUGAUGACACCAGCCCAGUUUGAUGCCCAUGAGCUCAAGCAGGCCAUGAAGGGUUUGGGAACCAAAGAAAAGGUCCUAUGUGAAAUUCUUGGUACCAGAUCAAACCAGGAGAUAAGACUGAUUAAAGCUGCCUUCAAAGAAGCAUAUGGAGAGGAGCUGGAACAUGACAUUAAAGGGGACACGAGUGGAUGUUUUCAGACAGCCCUGCUUGCCCUAUGCAAGGCUACCAGAAGUGAGGACUCUAACAUUGAUGAUGGUCUGGCAAAAAGCGAUGCAAAGGCUCUCUUUGAAGCUGGGGAGAAAAGGUUGGGAACGGUGUCCUCUGUCUUCAUCGACAUUCUUACAUCCAGGAGCGAAGCUCAGCUGUGCAAAAUUUUCAAGCAGUAUGAAAAGAUUGGCACACAAGGCUUUAAUAAUGCAGUGGAGCAUGAACUCAGUGGCGACUUAGAGGACUGUCUCAUGACCCUAGUGAAGGCAGCCUGGAACAAGCCUGCAUACUUUGCUGAAAGGCUGCAUCUAGCUAUGAAGGGUGCAGGGACCAACUGCAGCACCCUGACCAGAGUUCUAGUGAGUCGCUCAGAGAAGGACCUGCUGAAAAUUAUACAGGAGUACAAAAGGAUUUAUGGCAAAACCCUUCAGGAAGCAAUUCUUGCUGAAACAAAGGGAGAUUAUGAGAAGAUUCUGCUGCUGCUCUGUGGGGAUCACUGAAGAGAUUUAGCCCUGUUUAUACACACAGGAAUUUACAUGGCACCUCCCUUUGCACACCACACUCAAUUAUGUAUCACUAAUGAUAAUGUAUUUGACAUCAGAAUAUAAUGAUUUUGAUACAGGGUUGAAAAUAAAAUUUAAAGCUGUAAUCGAUACACUCCUCUGGCUCUUCAAAGGGUCACUUAUUUGAGGUAUUUCAUGGAAACCACUGUAAGUAAUCAAAACUAGCCAUCAAAAUGCAGCUAUUUUUGUUCAGCGUAUAUCUUAAAUGCACUAUUUUAGAUCACCAUUUUGACAACUGCAAACUACAAUCUUUGGUUUUGAAAUAAGUUUUUUUUUAUCUGAGCCAAAUCACGUGGUAUUAUAUACAGAGCUCUAUAGUAACAAGUCAUUUUUAGAAACCAAAAUCUAUCAAAAAAAUUAUCUUAAUUUCAAAAUUUAAAAACUCAUUAAACCUGAAUGUGUAUUAUUGGUAUUGU